ACUACCCCAUUUUUCCCUCCUCUCAGUGACUUUACUUUGAGGGAAACAGAACCAAAUCCUUCUCCAACUCCAAAAACUACUGGUCCGACGCCUCCACUUUCUUCAAUCGCCAGAGAAGGAAAACAAUGUCAGACUAUAUGCCAACGGAGGUUGUCGUGGAUAUCCUCUCACGUCUGCCUGUGAAAACACUCAUCAGAUUCAGGUGCGUUUCAAAGACCUGGUUCUCUUUAAUUUCCACCCAUGACUUCAUCACAAUGCACCUCAAUCGAACACUCUCAAACCCCAAAGACCCACCUUACCUUCUCUUUCGUCAUUUCAAUGAGGAAACAGAGGAAGAAAACUUCGCUUUCCUCUCUUACAAGGACCCAUUUCCUAAUGACCAUUUUUCCAAACACACGAAUUUCGUCAACCCAAAACCCUAUUGGCAACAUUAUGAGUUUUUCGAUUACCCAUCAGAUUUCAUUGAAUUGCAUUGCCCAUAUAAGAGUUCUAAUGAAUUCUGGUUCAUAGUUGGUAUAUCUAAUGGCCUAGUUUGUAUGGUGGAUGAUACUCCCAGUAACACUCCCUAUGACAUUGUUCCAAUUCUCUGGAACCCUUCUAUUCAUAAAUCUGUAUUCCUUCCGAGUCCUGGUGUUAGACUCCCAUCUUCCUAUGAGCCUAUGGAGUAUCUUGGGUUUGGAUAUGACCCCAUUACUGACGAUUACAAAGUGGUGAGACUUGUGUAUCUUCAUGGUUGGGAUGAACGAUCUUUUCAGGGAGAAGAACCAUCUGUGGUUCAGAUUUAUUCGCUUCGUACCAAUGCGUGGCGCACUAUUCCCGGCCCUGGUCAUCGGUAUAUCAUUAAGGAGCAGUCCUUAUCUGUGUUUGUGAAUGGUUCGGUCCACUGGCUCGCCCAUGUUGGAAAUGUGGAUACUGAUUCCGAGGAUGAUUACUCUGAUGAUGAUCCACCCUGCAAUGUGAUCUUCACAUUCAAUAUUAGGGAUGAGGUUUUUCACAAAAUGGAUGUACCAAAGUAUUAUGAAGAUACUUUUGAUUUGAACAUGAUGGUUGCGUUGGUUGGUGGCAAGCUUGCGCUUGUCCCUGGUAACUUUAAUUUAUGGUCUUCAAAAGCACGUUACUCGGUGUGGGUGAUGAAAGAGUAUGGAUUAGCGGAAUCUUGGACUAAACUAUAUAAUAUCCGUAUUGGCCCAGAUUUAGAGAAUGUGGUAGGUUUUGCAAAGAAUGAAGUUAUAGUGAACAAGUAUGGAACAUUGCUGUCUUACAAUCCCAGAAAACGAGAAAGAUCAGAUCCUGGCAUUGAGGCCCUAUCAACAUCGUUUUAUAUGGAUACUUAUAUGGAGAGCCUUGUUCUACUGAAUGUGGAAGAUGAUGCUUUGAGAAAGCAGGCAAAGUCAUCGAUUGCUAGCAAGGGCUUAAGGGCAAAGGUGAAAAGGAAGACAAAGGUUGGGGUCAGUUUUAAGCAAGCAGGAAAAGGUUCUGCAGGACUUAUGCAAAAGCUCAUGAUAAAACCAAGGAAAUCAAGGAAAAGAGAAGGUUCAGCAACACGUACACAUACAUUGCAGACUGGAGAAUCCUCAUCAAAGCAGAUGAAGAAAGGAAAAAACAAAACCAAAGAAGUGGCAUAGCCUUUGAAGCCACAUCUAGGGAGACGUUUUUGUAGGCUAUUGUAGCACCAAACCCUCAAAUUUUCCAAGUGGCCAUAUGGGUAGCUGUCAGGGAAGUAGAACUAAAGGCAAUGGAGAUCGGUUCUACAAGAUUUUGUUAUCUUAGUAAGGCAAGCGGAGCUGGAACAAGCCUGGAAACAGAGUUGGCAGCCACUAUGGAAACCCCAGUAGAAGGCAUCAGGAAAACACAGCAGCAAGGUCUCCAAAUCACUCUGUGAGUAGUACCAACAACAAUCCUCACAGAAACCACUGGCCUAGCAAAACUAGCUCUUAAAUGCCCUAUACAUGACCUACAGACAAAAAAUUGGUUUUGCUCUGUUGUGUUGUGAUUUGCACUGUUAUUUUCUAGUUCUACAUAUUUAUUCUAUCUUGUAGUCCUGAACUUUUGUAAUCUUCGUUUUUCAAUUAUUUUAAAUGAUGCAAUUUAAAGUC